CAAAACAUAUGUCAAGCAGUAAUGUUUAACAAUAAAAUCAGCUGUGUAGAGACAAUCUGAAAGAAAUAUAUUUGCAUCGUUUGUAAAAUAUUACAAAAUUGUAGUGACUGAACCAUGUAUUCGUAGACGAAUACGUCUAUUUAUUCAAGUGAUCGCUGUGCAAUCCUUUUAAACCAUGUCAUCCAAUCUACCGCAUUUUGAUACAGCUUCCGACUCACCCGAACCACUUCUGGAAUGGCAGGACGAAGCGGCAGCAAUUAUAAAAGACGUUGAAAAUCAUGUGAAGCACAUUCAAAUAUCGUCGAAAUUGCAAUCCAGCAAAACCGAAAUUUUCCUCAACCUAACCACACUGGAAGAAGCAACAUUUUGUAUUCGAAUAUCUACGGAAGGAUUUCAAAUUGUCGGUCAGUUGUAUGACACCAUUGGAUCAAAUGACAAUACAGCCGUGACCUAUGAGACUCCAUACGCACUGUUAAACAGUGUAAGUGAACGAUAUGUUCAAUCGUUUGGCAAUGGUUUAACAGCAGCUCUGGAAAAGCUGAUUUCUAAUGAAUAACUGACUUAAAUAGGGUGUCAGUGAAUCAUUCACAGUUGCUAUUUAGUCCUUACCAAUGUUUCUACGAAUAAAAUGUUUAUGAAGACGAGACAAUUAAUGGA